AUGACGCUGGCGCAGCGACUUCCGCGCGUCGGUGCGGCCCGGCUGUGGACGUCGGCGCGUGUGUGCGGUGCGCCGCGCAUCUCGACGCCGUCUACGGCCGCGGCGAGCGACGAGGACUCGGCGGCGCUUGGCCGUUUCUUCUAUCGCAACCGCAUGGUCGAGCAGUGGGCCAAUGUCCCCGCGAAGCGCACCACGCUCCGGCAGCUGAUUCUCUUUGGGCAGAGCGCGCGGCGCAACCGUGCGCUGCUGAUGGAGAGUGCUAACUACCUGCGCACCGAGCUCACGACCCGCAUCGCGCACCGCCUCCGCGACAUGCAGACGCUCCCGUUUGUGGCAAUGUCGAACGAGCAGCUGGACUCGAUCUACCAGUACUACUGGAGCACGUUUGAGACGCUGCGCCGCAUGGACAAGAUCCAGACGCUCGAGCAGAACGAGGAGCUGAUCAGGGUCGUGACGCAGCUCCUGUCGGAGCGCAAGAGCAAGCUGUCGCUCAUCGCGGGCAUCAGCCGGGAGUGUGUGCACUACAUGGAGCCCGAGACGGUCGACCUGUUCCUUGCACGCAUGCUGCGCUCGCAAGUCUCGCGUGAAGUCCUUGCGAAGCAGCACAUUGCGCUGUCCGUCAUGCAGUCGUCCGGCAAGGAGCCGCGCAUUUCGACCAAGAUCGGCAUGAUCGAUACGCACCUGAGCGUGCUGCAGGCGAUUGAAAAGAGCGUCGCAAUCGCGCGCGAGUCGAUUGCGCAGCUAUACAACUGGAGUACGGACGACACGCGUAUCCCAAAUGUCGUCGUCGAGGGCGACACGGACGUGCACAUCGCCUACCUGCCCGCUCACCUCGAGUUUAUCCUGCUCGAGCUGUGCAAGGUGUCGAUGCAGUCCACGAUGCGGCACUAUAGGACCGACGGCGAGGCGACGCCGAAUCCGCCGGAUGUGCGCCUGACGAUCGUCGAGGGGCCCGACCGCGCCGACAUGACGAUCCGCAUCUCGGACCGCGGCGGCGGCCUCACGGCGACCGCCGCGCCGGACCGCUCGCAGGCCGAGAACCUCGCGACGCGCGCGCGGGGGCCCAUCAUGCUGGCCGGCAGCGACGAGGCGGGCCACGCAAACGACGAGUCCGGCCUCGUGUGGUCGUUUAUGAAUAUCGGCGAGCAGCUCGAAAAGAUGAACAUCCAGCUCGAGCAGACGUCGACGAGCGAGCGCGACGCCAACCUCAUUGACGGCGCAGUGACGCCGGACCCGACCGUCUCCUACCCGGGCGGCGACGGCCUGAUGCGUCUCUCUGUGCUCAGCAUGGAGUCCAAAAACGGACUGCCGAUCGUCAAUCUCUACGCGGAGCUCUUUGGCGGCGGCCUUGAUUUCCGGACUCUCGAAGGCUAUGGCACGGACAUUUAUCUGCGCCUUCCCAAGUUUGGUACUUCGAAGGAGCUACACGAGUAA